GGACAUCUGAAGAAAAGUGAGAAGUGCACUUUUACCACCCAACAGACGUGACGACUGAAAGGCUCAAUUUGAUGGGCAACGGAAUCGAUCAUUUUAAUCAAGGAGAGUGUUUUUUGGAGUCUUUCCAUCAAUGCCGUCGUAUACUGUGACCGUCGCCACGGGGAGCCAGUGGUUUGCGGGGACGGAUGACUACAUCUACAUAACACUGGUUGGUACUGAGAGAUGCAGCGAGAAGACGCUGCUGGACAAGCCUCUGUAUAAUGAUUUUGAGAGGGGUGCGGUGGAUUCCUACCUGGUGAGGGUGGAUGAGAACUUGGGUGAGCUUGCGUUGGUGAAGCUGGAGAAGAGGAAGUACUGGGUGCAUGACGACUGGUACUGCAGCAACAUCUCAGUGAAGACUCCCGGCGGAGACAUCGUGGAGUUCCCGUGCUACCGUUGGCUGGUGGAUGACACAGAAGUGGUGCUGCGGGAUGGCCGAGCUCGCCUGCCUCAGGAUGAUAAGACGAGUCUCGUCAAGCAGCACAGGAAAACCGAACUGGAAAUGCGGCAAAAAACUUACAGAUGGAGGGAGUGGCAACCCGGCUUUCCCAUGAGCAUAGAUGCUAACGGACACCAUGACUUGCCUCGGGACAUCCAGUUUGACAGUGAGAAGGGAGUUGAUUUCAAACUAAACUUCAACAAAGCAAUCCAGAACCUGCUUUUGAACCACUUCAUGAACAUGUUCCAGUCAUCCUGGGACAGCAUUGACCAUUUUAAGAAGAUCUUUUUGAAGAUUGGAAAUGCACCCUCAGAGUACGUGAUGCAACACUGGAAAGAGGAUUUCGUGUUCAGCUACCAGUUCUUAAACGGCUGCAAUCCUGUCCUGAUCAAAAAGAUCUCCAAACUUCCCGCCAAGUUUCCUGUCACCAAUGAAAUGGUCACUGUCAGUCUGGAGAGACAGUUGACUCUUGAACAGGAAGUAAAGGCAGGUAACAUCUACAUGGUGGACUAUGAAGUGUUGGAUGGCAUCAAAGCAAACGAUUCAGACCCGAAGACCCCGCAGUAUAUGGCUGCUCCCAUUUGUCUUCUGUACAAGAACACACAGAACGAGAUCCUGCCGAUAGCCAUACAGUUGGGUCAGACUCCCGGCGAGGACAACCCCAUCUUCCUGCCCACGGACAGUCAGCAUGACUGGCUCCUGGCAAAAAUCUGGGUCCGCUCGUCCGACUUCCAGCACCAUCAGACGGUCACGCACCUGCUCAGGACACAUUUGAUCUCAGAGAUGUUUGCUAUCGCCACGUUCAGACAGCUCCCCACCGUCCACCCCAUCUAUAAGCUACUCAUCCCACACGUGCGUUUCACCAUCUCUAUCAACACCAAGGCCAGAGAAGAACUCAUCUGUGAACGUGGUCUCUUUGAUAAGGCAAAUGCUACAGGUGGAGGUGGUCAUGUGCAACUGAUUCAGAAGACCAUGAAGACCCUGACCUUCAGGUCCCUCUGCUUCCCUGAUAUGAUCAAAGCUCGCGGCAUGGACAGCAAGCAGGAGGUGCCCAACUACUUCUACAGAGACGACGGGCACAAGGUGUGGGAGGCCACCAAGAGCUUUGUGUCAGAUGUGGUUAGCAUUUACUACAGCAGCGAUGAGAAAGUGCAGGGAGACGACGAAAUCCAGGCCUUCGUUAAAGAUGUGUGCGACAACGGUAUGAAAGACUUCCAUCACUGCGGGUUCCCCAGAUCACUUGAAUCCCGUGAGGAACUGAUCGAAUACCUGACCAUCAUCGUGUUCACUGCUUCAGCCCAACACGCGGCCGUCAACUUUGGACAAUACGACUGGUAUUCCUGGAUUCCAAACACUCCGUCCACCAUGCGGCAGCCACCGCCUGAUCGGAAGGGUUUGGCAAACAUAACCCUGAUCAUGGACAGUCUCCCGGAUCGUGGACGUUCCAGCUGGCACCUGGGGGCCGUCUGGGCGCUCAGUCAGUACCAGGACGACGAGCUCUACUUGGGAACGUACCCCGACGAGCACUUCCUGGAAAAGCCGGUGAACGCUGCCAUGGAGAUGUUCAGGAAGAGCCUGGCAGAGAUAAGCAGCGCUAUCAAGACGAGGAACCAGGAACUGAAAAUUCCCUACGACUACAUGUCCCCUAACAGGAUACCAAACAGUGUGGCUGUUUAAACAGACUAAAUUCUCCAAAAUUCAAACUAUUUUUCUAUAUAUAAAAUUAAGUAACUGUAGUAACCAAAUGACCUUCUAACAAAACCAUCUAAAAUACUUCAUUAAAAGUCAAAUUAACUCACAUCGAGGUUAUUAGAGUUCACGAAAACUAACGAAAUAAGCUAAAAUAGGAAAAAAUAUUUUCAGAAACAAAAUUAAAACUGACAUAUUUACGACCUUAUUCAAAGUACUCUCAAGACUAUCAUGGCAGGCUCGUAAACAACAUUUUAAAGACUCAUUCCUGGCUUCAGAAAAAGAUAAUGGCUUAGAACAGCAAGUCCAUAAACUUAUUAUUAGUUGAUAUAACAAGCUUAUAUUAAAGCGCAAUUGCUGGUUCAAAAAAGUACCAACAGAAACCUUGAAAAUCUUUUAUUUGGUUGUUUUAAAUUCUAUACACUUUUUGUUCAAACAUGGGAACAGAAAAAAACCCAUCUAGUUUUAGUUUAAAAAAAAAACAGCAGGACCUUUUUUUUUCUUCAUGUCGCUUUUACACUAUUCCAAAGUGACGUUCACACACAAACUUGUGGAAUGAUAAAAGACGGGGGGGGCAACAGUCAUCAAAUAUUUUCAAGUCCAGUCAGUAGUAAACAAAUGUAGCUUUGUGCAAGUUACAUUUUCGUGCUCCCCACCCUCCCUCCCUCACUCCCUCCCUCGCCCAGACAUGACGAGUCAAAGCAGCAAAGUACAUUUAAA